GUGGGUUGUUUUGGUCGAUGGCGUCACAAAAACGCGGUUUUUUCGCUGCUUGUUGGUUGCCGUUUCUCUGCGUUUUCCGAACGGAAGCAUUUUCCGGAAUUUCAAGCGAGGAAAUCGAAGCUAACAGAACGAUUCGCCGAGAUUGUGUGCUGUAAGAUCCCGAUCGGAACAGAAGAGUUUUUGUCAUGCUCGCAAAAAGCGCCGCCGAACCGAAAACAGCGAGCAAAGAUAGCAACAUCGAUGAAUCACAACAUCCUCAACGUCAGCACGACGAAGGUCAGCAACAGCGUGUGGGUGAAAUAUGUUACGAUCUAGCCCACUUUCGAACCGUCCGCGUGCUGAACAAUAACAGCACGCACAAGAGUGUCUGCCUGCUGGGUCACUUCGACAAUCUGCCAGCACCGGAGAAGCAGGCCAUCGUUUUGCUGGAAAAGCGGUCCUUUACCGAGGGCCAGGUGGUGACACCGAAAACGAACGGUGACGACGAGCAGCAGCAGCAGGAAAACCACAAAAGUGAAAGUGAAAACGAAAAAUCCAGCCUCACCGUAACAAAGACCGCUGACGACGGUACACCGCCCGUGCGCGAGCAAACGUUUUUCACGUCAGCAUCCCGAUUGGAGAAGGAAUUCGUGAACGACAUCUACGGCAACUUCCUGUGCACCGUCGAUCCGGCCUUGAACCGUUUGAAAGUGACCAUCAUCUAUCCUGCUGAGGAGAAGCAUAUCGUCAAGUACACGGUGCAAAAUCGAUUCUUGAUAGAGGAGACACCGGAGUUGUAUAAGCGAGUAACCUUGCCCCAUCUGGAUCAGGGUCAGCUGAGUUUGGAGUGGCUUUACAACGUGCUAGAUCAUCGAAAGGAAAGCGAACGCAUUGUCUUUGAAGAUCCGUGUGACGAAAACGGAUUCAUACUGCUGCCGGAUCUGAAAUGGGACGGUAAGACAGUUGAACAGCUGUAUCUGUUGGCGCUCGUCCGUCGUCGAGACAUACGUUCGCUGCGCGAUCUGACGGCUGACCACUUACCGCUGUUAAAGAACGUUCGAUCACGAGGCAUUGCGGCGAUUAAGGAGCGUUACGGCAUUGGGGCUGAUCAGCUGCGCAUCUACCUUCACUAUCAGCCGACGUUCUACCAUUUGCAUAUGCACUUCACUUACCUACGACACGAUCCGCCCGGAGUUGGGUGUGAUAAGGCUCACCUUCUGUCGACCGUCAUUAGUAACCUUGAGCUACUACCGGAUUACUAUCAACGAGCUACGCUAACGUACGCUCUCAAGGAAACCGAUCGCCUGUAUGAAAAGAUACGGGCACAGACUGUAGAAGAGCCGGAGGAACCGCCUGCCAAGAGAUCCAAGAGUGAUCUCUCCGUAUCACAGUAA